CCUUUCAAUAUUUGAGCGCUUCAAGACAAAGAGUUCCAUCCUCGCCUCCCACCAAAAUAAACAGACAGCGAUAUCUCUCUUCUAUGUUUGGCGCGCGUCCUCUUUCUUUCGACACAUAACCAAAGCACCCCAUUUUUGUCUCACUCCUUCAUUUCUCAUGAUCUUUCCUAGUUUAGCUCUCUCUCACUUAUGACCUGCAGACCAUCAACAAUUACAUCAACUUCACGACAAUGGUAGCAACAGCAGCAGCAGCCCACAAACCCCAACAGCAGCAAACCCGUGUUUUGAUUGUGGGCAAUUACUGCCACGAUGUUUUGAUCCAAGACGACACCGUCAAAGCCGAAUCACUUGGUGGUGCAGCCUCUUUCAUUUCCAAUGUUGUCAAUGGAAUGUCGAUUCCUUGUAAUUUAGUUUCAAAAGUUGGGGAAGAUUUUAAAUACCCGGUUGAUUAUACCCCAAUUGUCAUACCCACUUCAAAAACUACUGUUUUUCAUGCUUAUUUUGAUCUAGGUAUUCUUGAGAAUGGUCAUCAAGAUCGGGUCUUGAAACGGGUCUGUGCUUGUGACCCGAUUCGGCCAUCGGAUCUUCCUGAUGUGAGGUCCAAUUUUGGAAUGGCAGUUGGUGUUGGCGGGGAAAUACUUCCCGAGACGCUUGAGAGGAUGAUUGAGAUUUGUGAUGCUGUUUUUGUUGAUAUUCAAGCAUUAAUCAGGGUGUUUGAUAGUGUUGAUGGUACUGUUAAGCUUGUAAAGUUAGAGGAGACGGAAUUUUAUUCGAUGUUGCCGCGAAUUGGGGUUUUGAAGGCGUCAUCGGAGGAGGCGGUGUUUAUGGAUGUGGAGGAGGUGAGGAAGUGGUGUUGUGUGGUGGUGACCACUGGGAAAGAUGGUUGUAAAGUGUAUUGGAAAGACGGGGAGUUGAGGAUUUCACCCUUUUCGGCGAAUCAAGAGGAUCCGACCGGUGCAGGGGAUAGUUUUUUAGGCGGGUUUGUGGCGGGGUUGGUUCAAGGUUUGGCUGUGCCUGAUGCUGCUUUGUUGGGGAACUUGUUUGGUUCUCUCACUGUUGAACAAAUUGGAUUGCCUAAGUUUGAUUCAAGAUUGUUGCAGAGAGUGAAGGAUGAGGUGCAGAGAAGGAAAAUGCAGUGUCUGCAUUGUGAGAGAAGUGAUAAUGAGCUGGAUUUCUUGAAGCCAGUUGGGCAUGAACAGUUCCACGCUUCCCUUGGUUCAGCAAAAUUAAUACCCCCAUGUUCCAGUCAAGCUCGUCCAUGGACUCCAUCAAAUUCUCCCAAGGAGACGGAGCAGACUCCUAUUCCACAUUACACGGCGCAGGCUAAAUUAUUGGUUAACUCUGUGUAUGAAGAACCAAUUCAAACAGUUGAGGGAAAACCAUGAAGUGGAUGGGGCACGAAACUGCUCUUCCCCUUCACGUUGUUCUUUUGUUGUAAUCUAAUAAAUCGGCUAGCAUAGAUAUCUCUUUUACAACUGAGCGCCUGUUGUUUCUCAUUUGGCCUGAUAUUAGAAGAGCAAUCCAAAUAAAAGCUGUUAGUGCCCGUAAAGUAAUAAAACCUACCGGUGAAAGUUUCUAUAUACUGUACUUGCUGGGUAGUCUCUUUCUGUAUAGCGGAGCAGCAUGUAAGGCUAUUUUUCUUGUCUCCGUUGAUACGGCACGACGAUUUUCCAAUUUUGGGUCAUCAGGCGGUGUUAAAGUUUGGAACUUUGAACACUGGAUCAUCUUGCACCAGAAAUGUAGUUCGAGUUUUCCUAGGUUUAAAACUAGUGCUCCUGCAAUCCAAGGUUCGUCCUUGAUCCGUGUAGUGGUAAACUAACUGGUCCAGCUUUGUUAUGUCUUUGAAGCUGUCGGCGGAAAGAGAUGGCCACGUUGUGGAGAUCUGCUUCUCUCAAAUCAACAUCCUUUGGGUUGUUGCCAAUUGUAAUGGUCCCAUAAAUAUUGUUAUUCCGAAGCACUAGAUGUGGCAUCGAUAACAUGUCACAACAAUCCUUUCAUUAUCUUUCAAUGAGCUUUAUCUUUA